AUGAGAGUGUGUAAAUUAUUUUUAAAGGCAACAUUAGAUAUAAACGAUCGGCCUAUAAGAACUGUAAUUUCCAAGAAGGAUCAAAAUGGCUUUGUUGAAGGUGAACUACGUGGAAAACACGGAAAACAUCCAAAAAUAGACGAUGAUCUAACUCAAAGAAUUAUAAGGCAUAUAAAUACAAUUCCCAUAAUUGAAUCACAUUAUUUAGGAGAACAAACUGAAAGAGAAUAUAUAGAUGGCAGCAAGACUAUAUCUGAUUUGUACCGAGAUUUUAAGCAAGACCAAAUUAAUGAGAACAAAAGUUUUGGUUCCUAUUCAUACUACUUAAGUAUAUUUAACACGAAAUUCAACAUAGGUUUUUUUCAACCGAAAAAAGAUCAAUGUGAACUUUGUUUAUCGUAUGAAAAUGCAAAUGGUCACUAUAAAGAUCAGAUAAAGGAAACUUACGACUUACACCUCGAAGAAAAACAGCUGAGUCGAGAAGAACAAAAGAAAGAUAAAACUGAAAUAGGAGAAAACAAAAAAGUGAUAAUUUAUGAUUUACAAGCGGUAAUGCAAGCUCCUAGAGGAGAAAUUUCUUCCUUUUAUUACAAGUCAAAACUAAAUUCAUAUAACUUCACAAUAUCUGAACUAGCUAAAGAAGACCCAGAAGUUGGGAAAUUGAACAGUCGAUUGGCAGUGCAUGCCCUAACCACUUCUACCCAUUCACAAAGGGCGCAAUGUUCAACAGAUGACCAUAACGGCUACUAUUCCGAAGAGAUUGGAACUCAGAGAGAAAUCUCACAUCAUCAUAGAUUUCUUAUUGCAGUCGACCUGCAACCCUUUCAAGAAAUAAUACACGAACUCCCUAUUCGAAAUCAGACACACAUUUACCCACUUUUACCGCCCUUGUAUGACCGACAUCUAAAACAAGGUUUUGAGAAAACAGAAAUCUAUCCAUAUGAUCCAGACGUGUUUCAAGAGAGCGAGGCAGCCAAGAACAUUCUCCAGAAAUCUACCAUAGAAGACCUCAAUCAACCAGUUACUUCCAAAAACUCGACAUAUCAACCUUAUCUGGAGUUACCUGUAGAGAAAAAUCCUGAUCCAGAGUUUCCUGAAGAGGAAAUCGAUAGCGAACCUAAGAUAUUACCACCUUCUUUAGAGCCUACAGAACAACCAUCAGGCAGUGUUGCUUCUGUUCUCAAUUAA